AUGUUGUCUGCUCUCGCGGCAUUGUCCUGCUGGGCGAGGUCGAAUGGCGCUGACCGUGAAACCACACCAGAGCGAAUUCCUUUCGAGCAACAGGACUCAGACUGGUCAGAAUUCCCACUCCAUGACCCCCACGCAUUGCAAAUAGGAUCAAGCAAUCUCGAUUCUUUUACCUUACUCUCGGAAGCAGUCCAGCUAACCCGUGGUGUUGUAGCAUUGCCGUUGGCUCUGAACUUCAUCGCGUCUGGUUACCCGGUCUCCCCCAGACCCCCUGAAGUCGAAACUCCCUUCGCCUACGCUCUAUCACUCGGAUCAGGUAUCCUAUUCGCUUAUCCCGAGCUCGCAACCAUCACGGGUGUCCAAGGUACGGUUAUCUAUGCCAUUACCUCAGCCGGCCCUCUCAUGAUCUUUGCCUUCCUUGGGCCGAUCAUUCGCUCAAAAUGCCCCGAGGGGUUUGUCUUGACCGAGUGGACCAGGCAGCGGUAUGGUAUAAUCGCCGCAUGUUAUAUAAGCUUCUUGACUUGCGCGACCAUGUUCUUAUACAUGGUCGCUGAGCUUUCUGCUGUGGGACAAAUCAUGACUGUUUUGACUGGAAUGGAUGGCCUCCCCAUGAUCAUCGUCCAGUGUAUCGUCACCACCAUAUAUACCUCACUCGGAGGAUUCAAGAUUUCCUUCAUUACGGACACAUUGCAAGGAGUCAUGGUGAUUGGUCUCAUUAUCAUCGCUACGAUCACUAUUGGAGUCAAGACCAAGAUUGACAGAAGCCUCAUAGAGCCGUCUGGUUUAACUCACACCAGUCUACUGGGUUGGCAGCUCUUGUACAUCCUUCCUGUGGCAGUCUUGACCAACGAUUUCUUCCUGUCCAACUUCUGGAUUCGUACCUUUGCGUCCAAGACCGACAAAGACCUCUGGAUCGGCGUAUCGGUCGCAACCGUCGUCGCCCUCCUCAUCCUGACUCUCGUCGGAUCCACAGGAUUCAUUGCUGUCUGGUCAGGCGCGUUCGAUCCCAGCAACCCGGACCAAGAGGGCAGUGUAGCUUUCUUCUACCUCCUUGAGCAACUGCCUUCUUGGACCAUUGGAAUCGUCCUCGUUAUGGUCGUAACACUCAGCACCGCCGCGUUCGACAGCCUCCAAUCCGCCAUGGUCUCCACCGCAUCCAACGAUCUCUUCCGCAAUAAACUCAACAUCUGGUGGAUCCGUGGUGCCGUGGUCCUAAUCAUAUUCCCCGUUGUGGUAUUAGCGCUCAAGGCUCCCAGCAUUUUGCAAAUCUACCUCAUCUCCGAUCUCUUCUCCGCGUCUUCCAUCCCCGUUCUCGUCCUAGGGCUGAGUGAACGUUUCUACUGGUGGCGAGGGUUCGAGGUCGUCGUUGGAGGACUAGGCGGUAUCAUGACCGUGUUCAUCUUCGGUACCAUAUACUUCGGCAAUGCGCAAGAGGGCGCGAACCUCAUCUUGUUGCAGGGCGGUCUAUAUGGCAAUGACUGGAGUGCCUUUGGCGCUUUUGUGGCUGCGCCUUUUGGCGGGCUGCUUUGGGGAUUCGGAGCAUGCGCCUUGAGGAUCUCUUUCCACUUCGUUAUGUCGAAGAUUAAGGGAACCAGAUUUGAUGCUCUGGAUAAGCCACUUCCUGUAGGGAGGAUUGUGAGCGAGGGAGAGGAUGCUGAGGGGGAUGAGGUCCAGAGGAUUGCUAGUCAGGGUCUUGUGACUAUUGAUAACAAGGGAAAGUUCUUCUAG